AGAGUUAAGCGGGGUUUUAGUGUUGUAGAACCCUACACUAGUGGGGAGUGUGUGGAUCGAACGUUAACCCUAAAAUUUUCCGACAACGAAAUGGCAUCGACCGCUGGCGCCGCCGCCAGAUCGAUACUCCGAUCAUGUUCGGGUCGCCGCGCUGCGUUCCGUCUUGGCUCGGAAGCUAAAGCGGGUCGCUCUCCGUUCCGUGUUGCUUCCAAUAAACCUCUCUCCCAAUCAACACUGAGGUGUCCCGUUGAAUUGAGCUUUUGUGUGGAAUCCAUGCUGCCGUACCACACCGCAACUGCUUCGGCUUUGAUGACUUCCAUGCUCUCUGUGUCUCGCCGCAGCUACGGUUGGCUUCCUGAAGGUAGCUAAACAUCUGUAGGAUUCCUUGUGUUCUUUCUUCAAUUUAAUUUACGGAUUGCAAUGAUGAUGUGUGAUAAAUGUUCUGAAGAUUGAAGCAAUCUUUUAUAUACAAAUCUGGUUCGUGAGACUGUUUUGACUGAGCCAUUGGAGGGACAAUUUGAGUCCCAAAGGCUGAAAGGAACUUUAAAAACCUAGAUCACCUGCACUUCUGUUCUUUCUGGUUCAGAUGUAGAAAAGGCUGCCAUUUUAUUCACCUGGAUGUUGAGUCUAAAGGCAAAUAAGUUGAUAUUGUAUUGGUACAUGUUGGAUUAAGUUUUAUCAUGUUUGACUAAGUUAUUUGAAAAUUUCUUAUUCAAUCAACUGACACCGAAUUACACUAAGAGGGGAAAGUUCUAUAUGUCCGUGCUUAGCUUGUGACAUACAUGCUUUCUGUCUAUCAGUUGCAUAUCAUGCCUAAUAAAAUAUAAUGUGACCCCAUAGACACUCACUCA